AUUUAAGUGCGAAGUGAGAGAAGAGUAUCUCAGCCAAAGGACCAAUGUCCAUGUCUCUCACUUCGCUUGCCACAUUGUCUUAAACAGCCACCAAACCCACCACAUGUGUUGCUUGGAUUUUCCAUCAGUUACCCACGCAUAGCUUCUCUAUUUCAACAAGCUCUUUCUUUUCUUGCAUGCUUCAAACAGUUGCACAGACCUACGCAUAGAGACAGCUAUUGACACACUGUAACUAACAGUCUUCUUUGCAUGCUAAGAGCCACUACUUCUUUCAUCAUUCUUUCAUGAUCUUCCUGUGCUUGCGGUAGGUUUCUGGGUUUUGGUUCGAUUGGGUUGUUUCCGCUGAUGGGUCCUGUAAGAGGUUCCAGAAAGAGGAAAAAGACGGAGAAGAAGCAUGAUGAAAAUGCUUCUGCUUCUGGGUCCCCUGAAGAGGGGCCUCUAGAUUGGUGGGAUGAGUUCUCAAGGAGACUUAAUGGUCUUCAAUCUCCAUCGAAGGGUUUAGAUAGGUUUGAAUCUGUUUUCAAGAUAUCCAGAAAAACCUUUGACUACAUAUGUUCACUUGUGAAGGAAGAUAUGAUGGCUAAGUCUGCACAUUUUGUGUUUGCAAAUGGCAAGCCAAUGUCGCUAUGUGAUUCAGUAGCUGUAGCUUUAAGAAGGCUGAGCUCUGGUGAGUCACUAGUGACAGUUGGUGAUUCAUUUGGGCUUAACCAUUCUACUGUCUCCCAAGUGACCUGGCGGUUUGUGGAAGCCAUGGAAGGAAGGGGGCUUCAUCACCUGAAAUGGCCUUCCACUGAAACAGAAAUGGCAGAAAUAAAAUCUAAAUUUGAGAAAAUACGAGGCCUCCCUAAUUGCUGUGGUGUGAUUGACACAACCCACAUCAUGAUGUGUUUGCCUCAAUCGGACCCCACAAGUAAUGUAUGGCUUGAUCAUGAGAAGAAUCACAGCAUGGUGCUGCAGGCAAUUGUGGACCCAGACAUGAGGUUUCGGGACAUAGUCACCGGAUGGCCGGGAAAAAUGAAGGAUUGGUUGGUGCUUCAGAGUUCAAACGUGUACAAACUCUGUGAUAAAGGAGAGAGAUUGAAUGGGAAAAAUUUAAAGCUCUCUGAAGGAUCAGAAAUAAGGGAAUACAUAAUUGGGGAUUCAGGCUAUCCUUUAUUGCCCUAUCUUGUCAUCCCCUAUGAAGGAAAAGAACUCCCGGAGUCGAGGGAAGAAUUCAAUAGGCGGCAUCAUGCCACUCAAAUGGUGGCACAGAAGGCGUUGGCGAGGUUGAAAGAGAUGUGGAGAAUCAUUCAAGGAGUGAUGUGGAGGCCCGACAAACAUAGGUUGCCGCGGAUUAUUCUCGUUUGCUGCCUGCUUCAUAACAUUGUUAUUGACAUGGAAGGUGAGGCACAGGAUGAAGUACCUUUGUCUCAUGACCAUGACUUGGGUUACCACCAACAGAUUUGUGGAACCGUCGACAUAAAGGGUGUACAUCUGAGAGAUAAGCUGUCUCUGUACUUGUCUGGAAGGGUAAGACUCAAGAAGAAACAAGAUGACAGGCUGAGACAAGCAGGUGAGGGAUGUGUACUGGGGAGGCCAAGGCCCUCAGCUUCUGAUCAUUCCCUUUCCAGAAGCUACUUGCACCUCUGCAUUCAGAAGGCAGUGAGCAAUCUUCAAAUUAUGAAUGAUUAAGAGCUGAUAAUUCAUCGAAAAUACAAAAGGCUUACAUAAUUUAGAUUUGUAAAGAGAAUAUCAACUAAGAAAAGAAUUUCAUGUAAAUUUGAUUAAGCACAGAAUUUGUCAAUA